AUGGCUUCUCAGGUCAAGUUUUUGGAGUGGAUUGUACCUGUUGUGGAUGUAAUUGUGAUCUCUAGAUGGUUUGUGGAUUGGUAUGAGAUUGAGGAGGCAGAACGGAUAAUGCAUUGCAACGGAAGGGUGUUUUGCUUAGACGAUGAACCAGGUGUGCAUAGAGUAUGGUUACCAGCUGAGGAAAAACCUGGAUUAGCAAUGUCAAGAGCCUUGGGAGAUUUCUGCGUCAAAAACUUUGGUGUUAUUUCAGUUCCUGAAGUCACACAAAGGAGUAUAAUCAGUAAAGACCAGUUCAUUAUCCUUGCCAACGAUGGGGCAUGGGAUGUUAUCUCAAAUCAAGAAGCAGUUCAAAUUGUUUCUUCAACACCGGAUAAACGUAAAGCAGCUAAAAGAAUGGUCGAAUGUGCCGCACGCGCAUGUAGUGCGACUCGUCAACAAGAAUAUCUGAUGCUCCUUGCAUUUGUAGAUACUCCUCAGGCUGACAGGCUGUACCAUAGAGGUGCAAGUGAGUAUUUGAAGUAUCUUUACACAGGUUUGUGA